CUUGAAAUUUGUACAUUAUCAACCAUACGGUGUGCUUAAACCAACUGACAACUAUUUAUAAUGGAAUUACAGAUAUUCGAACACACAACCACUUGAUUACCAAUUUUGAUACCAUAUCAUAAAUCAACCGCUCUUGAUAACUCGAAUAGUGAGAAAAAUGUUAACCACUUCCUAACUGCGUCUUUGGAUUUGUGGACGGCGGUUAUGCUGCAUGCUGCCGACUUGCUGUGGCAUGAAGCACAUCCCACGUUAUCAUGUUUUUAACAAACAAAAAGGCAAGAGAUUGAGGACCACAUAACACAAUAAAAUAUCUGUCCAGUGAAUUGAAUAGAGUUCCAACUACCCUUAUGUUGAUAAAAUUCUUCAAAAAAAAAAAAAUUAGUCGAAUACUCAACAAACAUUUAGUUCGUUAUUUGUGUGGAAGUCACUGUUAGCAUGCCCAGUCACAGUCCAUUAUUUAAUUACUAAGAGUCACACAAUGACCAAAUGAAGUGUUUUGCCUUUGAUUUCCCCCCUCCUGUUGGUGUUGGGUAGGGCAGAGUACAUGUGAUAUUUCUUGUAUAUCCCCAAAUCCCACACGGCUCUCCUCGUGGAUUUGAUUACAAUAAGACCACUAUAGUUGGGGAUCAUUAGUGAAUCCCUCACUAAACUAUCAUAUUUCUGUAGCAAGUAACUAGAGAGACCGGUAAUUCUUUCUAUCAUCGAUCAUCAAGUUUUUGUUUUUCCCGCUCAAAUUGUACACAUGCUUGUCAAAUUACGUAUUCGAAGUAGUAGUGGAAAAAGAUCAGAUGGACCCUUUAACAUACCGCGGGGUCGGGAGUAGGAAGUGAUCAGGGUGGUGGUUUUUUGAGGGGUUUAAUUUUGCUGUUAGAAGUUAAAACUGGAUCGAGUCAUAAUGCGUUUUUAAGAAUAAGGUAAAAAUGCACCAUCUUGAUUUGUUUUCUAAUUAGAGUGCAUUUGACACUUGUAAUGUUUGAUUUGAUGCUCGAUACACCGAUCUUAGACAAAUUAGAACAAAGUGACUAUUGUGUGCGACCAUCGGUCAACGUCCCAAACUUCAAUAACGAAUUCGUUAAAAAUCAAAACUUUGAUGACUGAUCCAGGGAAUGACCUCACAGUUCUCUUGGCCUCUCAACAAGUGCAGUGACCAUUUAAGCCUUUAUUUUAAUCUGACCCUUCUCUUCCCUUUAUAAAUACAACAGGCAAAGGCAUCUUGAACGAUCAAAAUUCCCCUCAGCAACUGCCAAACAAGAACUAAAACCUAAAGCCCUCAUCCUCCGCCUCCGCCUCUCCCCACAAUUUCCCAGAGAUCCCCCGCUACUUUCCAUAUCGGGUAAUCUCCUCGAUCGCCAUGGCCGGUCUCCAGUACAACUUCUUUCCCACCGAUUUCUUCUACCCUCGCCCAAAAUCUAACGCCGGAGCCACUGACGCCGGCCAGACGUCCUCCCCACCUAUUGUAAAUCGACCCGACGGAGCGUCCGCCUCAGCAGCCGAUCGCCCCGCCGGCCUCGUCGUUCACACCAACGGCAACAAGUCCGCCACCGCCGUAGAGUACAAGAGGAAGAAGUACAAUCACCUGGAUGGCUAGAUGAUCACUUGAUUAGCAUUACCACCACCAUUCCGCCCCUGUUUCGCUUUGUCUGUAAUGGUAAUUAGUGGUACUACUGAUGCUAUGUAUAUGUAAACGUGUGGGUAAUCAAUAAGAGUUUUUUGAGUAAAAUUAUACGAAUCCC